AUGUAUCAGUUACACACUGAAUGGAAAGUGGAAACUGGCACUGCACUGGAGUUGGUGAAGCCAAAAAAUCAAUUGGACACUGACAUCACAUUUGCUCACUUAAUUGUGAUUCAAUUGGCUAAUCAAGGAUAUGAUAUGGGUAAAUUAUUGUUGUUGUUGUCUUCCAAACAUGACCAAAGGUUCGAGCCAAGUCCAUCAAUUCGGUAG